AUGGAACUUAGUAAAAAGAAACAAGUUUGUUUGGUGGUUGUGAAUGAAAUAGUGAUUAACAAAACAGUGUCGGACGCCGAAGAAGUUAAAGACGUGAAAGACGUAAAAGAUGUGAAGGAGAAGCACGAGAAGAAGAAAGGAAAAAGCAAACUCUUUGAUUUGUUUUCGCGGAUCAAGCACACCUCCAGCGAUUCAAAGAGUGACACAAAGAAAGAAGAGAAAAAAAAGGCCAAAGAAGCUAAAGAAAAGGAGAAGAAAGAUAAGAAAGACAAGAAGUCGCACACUCGGACCGAGUCAGUCCAAAAAAAAGAUGACAAGUCGCCGUCCACAACAACGCCUGUAGUCGAUCCAAAGACCAAUGGAUAUGCUGCUGGCUCUAUGGUGAAUUUACUGAAAAACAUGCCGGAUUGGAGAGAUCAAACUCGAAAAGUUGUAGUCGAAGGCAAUUUCGAGACAUUCCCAAUAGCAGGGGAUUUGCCUCGUUUGUUGAAACACCUUUCUAUUGUCAGAAAGGUCGGCCAAGACAUCAGUUGCCUCUUCCCUGAAAAUGGGGAGAAGUCCGGUGGGAAAGUCAAAAUUAUUAAAGACGUCUCCGGUCAUAAAAUCACUGCAGGAGACUGUUUGUCCGUCAUCAAGUGCAUCACUAAAAUAUUUGACGACAAACAUUGCGAGAAAGUCGACGAAGAGUGGAAUGCUGUGAUGGACAAUGGCGAAGACUUGUCGGUCCAGAAAACGUUCUUAAUGAGAGUAUUAAAAAGCGUAUACGUUGACGAAGGAACAAGUGAAGUGUCGCCCGUCAUUACUUUCUUGAAGGCAAUCAAUCAAAAGAUCAUCGCAAGCUCUACAAUGAAGCUGAAAGGUGUCUGCGGCAAUUUGUUUAUUAAGGACGCCCAACCGAUGGUGUGGGAAAUUGCUGUGAUUUUAGAUGAGGACAGAACCAUUAUUUCUCAUUACAGAAGACAAGAAACAACAAGCAAAAAUGGGGAAGAAUACUUCAGGUUUCUUUGGGAAUUAAGACUGUUGUUUAACAAGGAGAUGACACAGUUACAAGACUUGCAGAUGGGGAUUAAUGUGAUCGAAUUCUCGCCACAGACUAAUCAGGCCACACGUGAGAAGGUGGAGACUAUACUGGAUUCACUCAAGUUCGAGGAGUGUGCCAUCUCUGAUAUAGAAGAAGACGACUCUGAUGAGGAGUGA